UCAUACCCUGGGUUUGCCACAGAAUUAAUUUUGGUGUGGGAGUGGGUAAACAAGCUGGAAUGUGUUUAGAAGUUACACUAAUGGAGGUUGGGAUUGAAGUGGCUAAUCAAAAACUCUGUAAAUUUGUGGACUUCCUGAAUAUCUUUAUCAGCAGAUCUUUCAAGCAGUUGGUAAGUGUUCAAGAUGUGGGAAGUAUUUUCAUUUAAUUAUAAUUGCAGACAUUGAUAUCUGCUUGGCUGCAGCAGCUGCGUGUGAAAUAAUCAUUAAACCAAACCUGCCCAUGUGUGCCUAAGUUUUCCUUUAGAGGAGAGAGUGGGUGAAGUACUUUGGUGUUCGGGUUUGUAACUGACUUCAGCAAAGCAGGUGUGCAAUUCUCCCAGUGUUGGAAGUAUUUCUCUGUACAUCAGAAACUGCUGUAUUCUGAUGGAGUGACUGAGGUGUCUUAGGUAUCCAAAUGUGUGUCCCCAUUGAUAAAUGAGCAUUAGUAGUUGUCUUGACUACCUGCAGAUUUGAAAAAAGAAUUAUGAAAGUGGAUACUGUAUGUAUUUCCUUCUGCAGUGCAGUAGUGCUUAUGACAACUGGAAAAAAAAACCCCAAAAGAACUGCUGAUUAGCCAUAAUUUUGAAGUGUUUUGCACAUGUUUGUAAAUGUGCCUCAUCAUAGAGCUGUGAGCUGUGAUUGAGCUGUAAACCACUUUAUUCACACGGCUUGCAGCCAUGGUUUAUGAGUAUUUCCACAUUACAGAGACCUGGAACUCAUCCUGAAGUCCUGAAAAAUGUCAGAAUUGUGUCUAACCCUAAAAGGAUGGUUCUAAUUUACUGGUGGCUGUUAAAAUUGGUCCAUAGGUAGGUCCCAGUACUAGUCAUAAGACCUGCAAGGUGGAGGCAAAACCAUGCACAUUUACUGUGUACAGUUUAUCCCUCUGCUGCUCUGUUUUUCCUGAGCCUUUAAAUAAUGAGUAGUUUGGUAAGAGUGGGUUCUUUAAAACAGCUCUUAUAAGUAACAGGGUAGGAAUUGGCUCAAAACUUGGUAACCAAGAGAUUCUGGUCUCUAGGAUGCUUUGUUGCUGUUAGAUUGCUCAAGCCAUGAUGUUCCAACUCCAUCAUCAAAAGAAUUGCUUCAUUUUCCAUCUCUUCUGGUGAAAGGACAGUUAUAAAGAUGACUGGACUUUCCUGACUUGCUGUAGUAAUGUAAUAUAGUAAUGUAGUAACUUGUGAUGGUUAAUACUGCCCUGGGCAGGCUGGAAGACUACCUACAGUGGAUCCUGAAGUAGUGGUGCAAAGAGACAUCUUAAUAAGACAAGUAAAAUAGUUGGGAAUUUUAUUCUAAUCUUUGGAUGACUUAAUUCCUGACCUUUUUGAAGUCAUCCAGGUAAUAGUUUUGAGAGAUUAUCAUCUUCUAAAUAACCAUUUUUGGAUUAUAUGUGGACUUCUACACAGCAGUUAAAAGAGAGCGUUAUUUAUGCAUAAGUGCAUGAUCAGAAUUUAUUUUCAAAACUCAGACAACAGAAAACUAUUAUAAAAGACAAUUUUAAUUACUAGGUUUGCCACGUGAAGUUGAAAACCUAUUUAGUGUGACACUCCUCCAAAACAACUAUUGUGAAUUCUGUUUUACCACUGUAAAUACGUUGUUAUUUACAGUAUUAAGUUAUUUCUUUGGGCAAUAACCUUAAGUUCAGACCAAGUUUACUCAGUGAUAGGGUGCCAGCUGCCACAAGGAGGAAGUCUCCAAGUGAGGUAUUUUUGGUAUAAUAACUAUUCAUAUAAAACACUCACUUGUGUUUUCAAUAAUUUUGCAAAGAUGUUGUUAACAAUCUGCAUUCCCUGUCUCCUGCUGAGUGCUAGAAGCUAUUUUAACAACAGUUUUUUACGUUAGAGUAACUUCUUUUAGUUCCUGAGAUUUGAUUUCUGCACCAAGCACAAAAAAAAAAAAAAAAAAAAAACAUAAAAAAAAAAUGGUAGUUUCACACUUGAGCUGCAGCAGGAAGAUGUAAUCACGGAUGUGGGUUCCAGUACGCUGUUGUACAGGAGAGCAGCGCUGGCAGCAGAACAGUCAGCCAUGAAUCCAGAAGAACAGAUUAUAACAUGGCUUAUUUCACUAGGAGUCUUAAAUUCCCCUAAGAAAGUAGUAGAUGACCCAGAGGGGUUCCUGAAAACUUCUCUGAAAGAUGGAACUGUGCUUUGCAAACUAAUUCAUCGGCUUCUUCCGGGAUCUGCAGAAAAGUAUUGCCUGGAGCCUAAAAAUGAAGCUGACUGCAUCAGUAAUAUCCAAGAGUUCUUGAAAGGCUGCGCAUUUCUGAAAGUGGAGGUGUUUGAUCCACAUGAUUUGUACACGGGAGAUCAGUUCUCCAAGGUCCUGAGCACAUUAACAGCUAUAAAUAAAGCUACUGAAGAUCAGCUGUCAAAAGGGCCAUGUUCACAUCUGUCCUCUCUUAACUCCGCGGCUGGAGACGCCCAGAGUGACUCCAACAGCACAGCUUCCCAGUCAGCAAGGGGAUUACGGAGGCAGUCCAAGCCUGUGGAGAUGACCGAGAAUGGCAGUCAUCAGCUGGUGGUAAAAGCCAGGUUCAAUUUUAAGCAGACCAAUGAGGAUGAACUCUCUGUUAACAAAGGAGACAUUAUUUAUGUCACCCGAGUUGAAGAAGGGGGUUGGUGGGAAGGCACCUUGAAUGGAAAAACAGGCUGGUUCCCAAGCAACUACGUCAGAGAAAUCAAAUCUACUGAGAAACCACUCUCUCCCAAAGCAUUAAAAGGGCUAGAAAACACUCAACUGACAAAGAAUUAUUACCCAGUGGUGUUGCAAAAUAUUCUGGAAACAGAACGAGAUUAUGCGAAGGAACUACAGUCACUUCUGGGGACUUACUUAAGACCCCUCCAGUCUUACGAUAAGCUCAGUGCCGGGGACAUCAUGGCAUUGCUGGGAAACAUGGAAGAAAUCUCUGCUUUUCAGCAAACACUGAACCAAGCCUUGGAGGAAGUUGCAAAGCUCCCCGAGAACCAGCAGCGUGUGGGAGGCUGUUUCAUGAACCUGAUGCCCCAGUUCCGCUCCCUGUACCUGACGUACUGUGCUAACCACCCUUCAGCAGUGAAUGUCCUCACACAGCACAGUGAUGAGCUGGAGAAGUUCAUGGAGAGCCAGGGUGCAGCCAGCCCAGGCAUUCUCAUCCUGACCACAAGCCUCAGCAAACCCUUCCUGAGGCUGGAAAAGUACGUGACACUGCUGCAGGAGCUGGAGCGGCACAUGGAGGAGGCGCAUGCAGAUCAUGAAGAUGUUUUGAAAGCUGUCACAUCCUUCAAGUCCCUUGUGUCGCAGUGCCAGGAGCUGAGGAAGAGGAAACAACUUGAGCUGCAAAUCCUUUCUGAAUCCAUCCAGCGCUGGGAAGGAGAGGACAUAAAAAUGAUGGGAAACAUCAUCUACAUGUCCCAGGUUAUGGUGCAGUCUGGAGGAAAUGAAGAGAAAGAGGAGCGGUAUUUCUUGCUGUUUUCCAAUGUUUUGUUGAUGCUGUCUGCAAGCCCACGGAUGAGUGGGUUCAUCUACCAGGGAAAGCUGCCUUUGACGGGAAUGACGCUGACAAAGCUGGAAGAUGCUGAAGGGAAUGAGCACAUGUUUGAAAUCACAGGGAACAUGAUGGAGCGGAUCACUGUGUCCUGCAGCACCAGCCAGGACUUGCAUGAAUGGCUUGACCACUUGCAAAGGCUGACCAAAGGGACAUACAGUACUGUCUCCAAAACACAGUCCUGGAGCCCUCAUUCAACAUUUAGUUCAGCUGGGCAGAUCCGUGGGCCUCUGGAACCCCCCAAAAUCCUCAAGCCCUGGAGCCUGAGCUGCCUCCGUCCUGCUCCUCCGCUCAGGCCAUCAGCAGCACUGAGUUACAAAGAGAGGAUGUCUUAUAUCUUAAAGGAUUCCAGCAAAAGUCCAAAAACAAUGAAGAAGUUUCUUCCAAAAAGGAAAACUGAGAGAAAACCAUCCGAUGAAGAGUUUGUUAUUCGGAAAAGUACUGCUGCGCUGGAGGAGGAUGCUCAGAUCCUGAAGGUGAUUGAGGCAUACUGUACUGGGGCAGGCUUCCAGCAAGCUCUCAGUUCAGGCUCCCGUAAAGAUUCCAUCCCCCAAGUCCUGCUUCCUGAGGAAGAGAAAAUCAUCAUAGAGGAAACACGAAGCAAUGGCCAGAUGGUCAUGGAGGAAAAAAGCCUUGUUGACACAGUUUAUGCACUGAAAGAUGAAGUGAAAGAGCUGAAGCAGGAAAACAAAAGGAUGAAACAGUGUUUGGAGGAAGAGCUUAAGUCCAGGAAGGACUUGGAGAAGCUGGUGAGAAGGCUGCUGAAGCAGACGGAUGAGUGUGGCAGGGAGGACACAGGACGCAAGUCAUCCCUGAUCGCCUGAAUUCAUGGAGAAGCUGCUGGCAGUGUGACCUCAGAUGUAUUUUUGGAAAGUGGAACUGGAUCCUUUGCCUCUUCUUGCUCCUUAUUUUGUUGGUUUGGGGUAUUUUGUUACCAAAACCAAAAAACAAACAAACAAACAAAAAAAAAAAUCAUAGAGAAAAAAAUAGUUUUCCUUCCAUUCAGUAAGGAAAUAAAGCAGAAACAAUCAAUCACAACUGAACCAGUAAGCAAGUGGUCCAUGAUUCACAAUUCAUCUGCAGCAACUAAUACCUCAUUGUACCUGCUACUGGGAGCAAAUACGAACUCUGCUAGCGAUUGUUGCUCACAAAGGCUUGGGCAGCAGUUUCCUAGAAUAAGCUUAAGCACUUUUUAAUGCUUUUAUUCUUUCCAAAAGCACCAACCAGUACCUAUUUAUUGAAUGAAAACAUUACUGAGGUGGCAUUGAGCAGAAACCAAAAAAGCACCAUGCUCCUCUUUUCAGAUAAUCACAACUGGGGGAGCUUUUCCCAUCCACCUUCUUUUUUCCCAUUAGUUGACUGUAGCGAACUAGAGCCCAGCAAUACUGUGGUUCCUGUGUGGCCUUGAUACUGAUUAAAAUGUGCAAUUAAGAUGAAGAUAUUUGAACUCCUUGGGGAAGCCAGAUCUGGAGCACCUGUCAGAGCGCAUGGGAAGGUAUUUUGCACAGUGCUGCCUCCUUAAAGCUCGUGAUUAGCACAACAGGUAAUUGCUGUUCUGCCCCCCAUCCCUUUUCUUCUGCAUGAUGUAGAAUUCCUACCUACUGCUUUGUUUUCACAUCGUGUGUCCAGGUAUCCUAGGAGAUUAUAAUUUUGCUGUGCUUUCUCUUGCAGGACAUGCUUUUCUCUGUAUGAAAUGUAAACACUGUUUGACAACAAAAAAACAACCCCAAACGUGCUGAUCCCCUGCUCCCUUCUGCCCACUUUAUGCUCUCCGUUGCUCCUUCUCAAGGGUUGGGAAUGUAGCCAGCAGCCACUUCUCCCCACACUGCUUCACAGGGGCUUUCUGCUAGCGAAAAGGAACUUUCUCUUGGGGUAGGGAAGGUAUUUAUGCUUUGACAAGAGCUGGAGCACUCCCGGGGCAAGGAUGUGCAACACCCGCACAGAUCCAUGCACAGCUCCUCAAACACAGCACACAGGCAACAUGCAUAUGUAUCAGCUUUCCUUAUCUUAUUUGGUGUUAUACCCUAGUUUAGAACUCAUAUUUUCCUUCCUUCCUUCCUUAACAGCAUUAUAAAAAUAACCUUCUGUUAAAGUUAAUGAUGUCUUAUUUAUCUCAAAGGGCAGCAUGGUCGCAGGGUGUGAGAGGCACCACAGCUCAUAAAAAUCACACCAUUAUGUUGGUUGUGAAGGACAUAACACAGGCAAUAAUUACAACUCCCUCCUUGCCAUUAAAAUUUAGCCAGUACAUUGCAAAUGGUGUUUUGGGAGAUGUAGACCCCAAAACAUCUCAAGAAGUGUAAUAAGAAACUCUUUAAGCUACUUCUAGGGCAAAACAGAGGUCUGCCUACAUUUGCCAUCCCCAGAGCAUCCCAGUCGGAUGGCAGCUCCCCACAUCCCUCCCUGGGCACACAGUUGGGUGGUUUGGUCAGCAGCCCAGCCUUGCUGUGCUUGUGAAUAGUUUUCCAGGAGCAGGACCUUUGCUGCACUUUCUGCUGCUCAGGGAGGCCAUGCGCAGACCCCUCGGUACUGCCUGGCCCUGCUGCCUGCCCUAAGCUGGGCUGCUGCCAUACAGAACGAACCAAGGGCCACUGACACUCCAGGGAGAGGGUGGAAAUGUGUCCUUGCUGCCUCCAGGCUCAGUUGAAACCCAUGCUAUGUACAUACGCAUGUUUGUGAGAUGUAAUGUGAUGGAGGGCACACUGGGACUUUUUAGAUCAAGUAUCUGUCAAGAGCUAGAAGCCAAAAAAAGACAAAAAAAUAAAAUAAAAAGGAAAAGAAGCCAUGCCAGAUGGACAGCAAUGUUUCCAUAUUUACUUUGUUUACAGUGCUGUGUAAAUAGGUUCCAGUGAGUCUGUCUUUAGAUGGAUGUUGUGUGAGCUACGUUCUAGUGUAUCUUUAUCAUGUAGGUUUAUUUACUGUAAACUACUUAUGCAAGUUCAACUUUUCUAACAUGUUUUUAUUUUGAACACUUUUUUUAAUUGACAUUUUCAACAAAUAAAGAAGGAUAAAAAUUGCUUCUUA